AGUGCUGUUCACCAAAUCCGUCCCUUAGUUUCUCGGGCUCGACUCCUGUGCAUUGGAACCCACAAUGCGAGUAUCUGUUACUAAACUGAUGAGACAUUCGCAUAGUCUUCUUGUGACUAUGAGUAAACUGUGAGAGCAUUCUGCACUAGCACCUUACCUUCCAACGUCUGCUGGACUAGCCAUAUGCUGACCAAUUAAAUACGCCAGUCAUCGAGCUGAGCUUCGUCGCAGCUGCGAACUUGCCACGCAUCCGCGUUUCAAGACGCCUCAGACCUCGCUUAGCGCCGACAAAAUCUCGCCCGUUUGUCCUUUUCGCCGCCGUCUCCUCUCACCUGCGCGAUGCUCGCCGUUCGGGGCGAUGGCGCCAGGCCAGGGGCGGAGGGCGAUGCUGCCGAUGAUAGUGACACGUGGUGCGCGCGGCUGCAAUUGACGGCGGACAGCGAGUCGAGCGGGCUCUAUGUGCUGUCGCGGUGGGGCGAGGCGGAGUGCGAGCUCACUGCCAGCGACGGCCGCACUGCCUGGACGUGCUGCGUGGAGGAGGAGAGGAUGGGGGAGAAGGCGGAGGCGUGGGGGUUUCAGACGCCAGGUGAAUACAACAGAGACGUGCUCCAAGCGGUUUUAAGACAGCCGCCCUCGGCUCUCCGCAUUACUUGGGGCCGGCGCAGCAAGAGGGCCAGAGCCAAUCAGGAUCAGCCUGCCACGUGGCAGCUCUCCUGGCCAGUGCGCCGCUCGGAUCUGGAGCUGAGAGCGACCCUCGAAUUCAGGGCCGUGGAGGGGGAGGAGCAGCAGAGAGCGGCAGUUGCGGGGAUUCUGGAUAGAGCGCUGACAGUGGCGGCUGCUGCUCAGGCGAGUUGUGGGGCGCAUGGCAUUGUUGGCCAGGCAGAGCAGCAGCGCAGCAGGGAGGCGUGUGAGAGGCUGCUGCGAGAGGCGGACAAGUGCUUGCAGCAGAGCGAUCGGUUCAAGGAGGAGAAGGGCAGACUGGAGGACGAGCUGCUGGGGAAGUUCCUGGCAGUGCUGAACGCGAAGAAGGCAAGGAUCCGAGAGCUGGAGGCCGCUCAAGGGGGGGUCACAGCCGGGGGAACAGGAGGUGGAGGGGCAAAGGGAGGAAGCGCAGGAGGAAAAGGUGCGGCAAGCAUAGGAGGCGCAGGAGGAGCAGGGCGAGCAGGGAAGGGGCGGUGACAGAAUGGGAGCGAGGCGGAGGCAGCGACCUCGGAUGAGAGACAAGGUAGGGCUGGGAAAAGGCUGGGAGACGGCUGUGAGACGGUGGAGAGCAGAGGCAUCAACGGGGCGAGGGGGGAGCAGGGCGAGCGGGGAAGGGGCGGUGAUACAAGGGGAGGGAGGAGGUGGCAACCGCGGAUGAAGCAAGGUGGAGCCGUGAAAGGGCUUUUAUGAGAGGUUUUCGGGGAUUCGAAGGAGUAUCUCACUGCGACCUCGGGUGCCACAAGGUGCAGCAGGGAAGGGGCUUUUGAGGCGGCUCAAGAGCAGCAGGUGCGAUAAUAAGGUACCGCAGCGGAAAGGGUGCGAGAUUAUGGGAAGUUUUUCCGUCGAUUCAAAAGUCAUUUCCGAGGCAGCGACCUUGGAUGGGAGACAAGGUAGAACGGUGAAAGAGGAUUUUGAGGCGGCUCAAUAACAGCAGGUGCAACAAGGUACAGCAGCGAAAGGGGUGCGAGAUUAUGGGAAGCA